AUGUCUUCCGCAACCACUGUGACCAAGACUAACAUUGGUGUUUACACCAACCCCAACCACGACCUUUGGAUCGCCGAGACGACCCCCAAGGUCGAGGAUGUGCAGGCUGGCAAGGGCCUGAAGCCCGGCGAGGUCACAGUCGAGGUGCGCAGCACUGGUAUUUGCGGCUCCGACGUCCACUUUUGGCACGCCGGUUGUAUUGGCCCCAUGAUCGUUACUGGCGACCACGUCCUCGGUCACGAAUCUGCCGGUCAAAUUGUCGCGGUCGCCCCCGAUGUCACCCACCUCAAGCUCGGUGACCGUGUCGCCAUCGAACCCAAUGUUAUCUGUAACGCCUGCGAGCCCUGCCUGACUGGCCGCUACAACGGCUGCGAGAAUGUCGCUUUCCUCUCCACCCCUCCCGUCGACGGCCUGCUCCGCCGAUACGUCAACCACCCCUCCAUUUGGUGCCACAAGAUCGGUGAGAUGAGCUACGAGGAUGGUGCCCUCCUGGAACCCCUCAGUGUGACUCUGGCGGCCGUCGAGCGCAGCGGGCUGCGCCUUGGUGACCCCCCUCCUCAUCACCGGCGCCGGUCCCAUCGUGCUCGCGCCGCUGGUGCUUGCCCCAUCGUCAUCACCGAUAUCGACGAGGGCCGCCUGGCCUUCGCCAAGACCAUUGCGCCUGAGGUCCGCACCUACAAGGUGCAACCCGGUCUGUCUGCCGAGCAACAAGCGGCCGGCAUUAUCAAUGUCUUCAACGAUGGCAAGGGCUCCGAGGCGGGUGCUCUGCGACCUAAGCUGUGCCUGGAGUGCACCGGUGUGGAGAGCAGUGUCAACUCCGCGAUCUGGAGCAUGAAGUUCGGCGGCAAGGUGUUUAUCAUCGGCGUGGGCAAGAACGAGAUGAACAUCCCAUUCAUGCGUCUGAGUACCCAGGAAAUCGACCUUCAGUACCAGUACCGCUACUCCAACACCUGGCCUCGUGCCAUUCGCCUGGUGCAAAACGGUGUGAUUGAUCUGCGCAGCCUGGUUACCCACCGCUUCGCAUUGGAGGAUGCGCUCAAGGCGUUUGAGACGGCGGCGAAUCCUAAGACUGGUGCGAUUAAGGUGCAAAUUAUGAGCUCGGAGGAGGAUGUCAAGGCUGCUUCCGCUGGUCAGAAGAUCUAA